AAGUUUCGACCCAAGCUCAGCUUGUGGCGUGAAAGUGCCAUGGGCGAUGAGGAGGAGAAGAAGCCCGAUUGUGUAAAAGUUGCCGUGCGACUGCGGCCAUUGUCUUCGAAAGAGCUUGGCAACAAUGAGUCGAGCAUCAUUGAGCUGACCGAGCAGACCUCGGGCACUGGCACAGCGACCGGCAGCGUUGUCAUCAAUGACCCUGACAACAAGGAAAAACCCUCCACUUUUGCUUUCGACAUUGUGUUUGGCACCGGCACCAUGCAGGAAACCGUGUUUCAGGCGGUAGGGCAGGCUGCCGUGAACUCAACCUUGACGGGCUACAAUGGCACGAUCUUUGCAUACGGGCAGACAGGCAGCGGCAAGUCCUGGUGUAUGAUGGGGGGAGGAGGGGACUUGAAGGGAAUCAUUCCCCGAGUCAACGAGCAGCUCUUCGUGAGGAUCGACGAGUUGCAGCAGGCGGUAAGCUCCCGGAAGUUUCUUGUGAUGUGUUCGUUCUUCGAGAUCUACAACGAGAUCAUUUUUGACCUGCUGAACCCUGUGCAGGAUCGGUCGAAGCUUGGCGCCGGGCUUCAGGUGAAGGAGCACCCGGUGCUGGGGAUUUAUGUGAAAGACUUGCAGGAGAUCGUGGUGAGCGAUGCCGACAAGCUGGUGCAGCUCAUGAACUCAGGCACCAAGAACCGGGCGGUGAGCUCCACUAUGAUGAACUCGGUGAGCUCCAGGUCGCAUUCCAUUUUCACCAUCAAGGUCCACCAGAAGGACGACGAGGACAAGUCCAAGAACGUCUUUGCCAAGCUCAACCUGGUUGACCUGGCCGGCUCUGAGAGGCAGAAAGGAACCGGGGCCAGCGGACAGACUUUGAAGGAAGGCGCCAACAUCAACAAGAGCUUGAGUGCUUUGGGCAAUGUCAUCAAUGCCCUGGUGGAGAUUGCCAAUGGCAAGAAGGUGUUCGUGCCCUUCCGCAACUCCAAGCUCACACGGGUGCUGCAAGAAUCUCUGGGUGGGAACUCCCUUUGCACAAUGCUGGCGACGCUGUCGCCUGCGGCCUGCAAUUAUGAGGAGACCAUGUCCACCUUGAGGUAUGCCAACCGCGCCAAGGCCAUCAAGGUGUCGGCCACUAAAAACGAGGAGGCGUCGCAGAUCUCAAGGCUCAACUCUGAAAUCGAGGAGCUGAAGAAGAAGCUGGCGGCUGCAGACCAAGGCGCGGGCGGCGGCAUGGGCUCUAUGUCAGAUGAGGAGAAGAGGGCUAUGCAGGAGAAGUUCUCAGCACAGCUGUCCGACAUGCAGAAGAUGGUGAGUAGCACCUGGGAGGAUAAAGCCAAACUCUCCGCAGAUUAUGAGAGUCAGAUCAACAAAGCCCUGGACGAGCAGAAGAAGCAAGCUCGGGCCAUGCAGGAGGAGUGUCGCAAGAGAUUGCGGCUUCUGGAAGACCAGAACGAUUUAGAGCUGUCCAUUCGGGGCUUGAUCGGCACGCUACAGUCGCUGCCAGGGGGGUCUUUGCCGUGUGAGAAGCUGCGGUCCUGUGAGAUGCCGGGGCAGUGGCUGAAGAUCGUGGCGGACAUCGCGGAGGUGGCGGAGGACGCGAAGAAGGACUCCACCAUGGCCGUGGCCUUCCAAAGCGCUUUCCGGGAGGACUUGCGGCUGUGGGUGGACGGCGAGGAGGCCGCGGACUACUCCAUGGCGCGCACCGGGGCACGGCGAGCCCUCACCAAGCUGGAGACGCUGAAGCGGGAGAUGUCCAAGUUGGGGUCCCUGGAGGUUGCCGGCCGCACCAAGGCCCAAGACUUUGCACAGGCGGUGCGCGGGGCCCAUGAGGAGUGGCUGCAAGGUCUUGAGGCUGUGAAGGAGGAGCUGAGGGGUGAAUCGGAGAUGGGGGAUGCAUCCCCCACCGUGGAUCAAAGUGGCAUCUCCCCGCUCCAUGCUCAGAUGCUCGAGGACAUUGGCCGCAUCUUGCAGCUCAUCGAGAGCCAGGCGCGGGCCAAGGCGGAUGCCGAGUUUGACGACCUCAGCGGCGAGGCGCCAGCCUUGGCGGAGCUUGUCCUGCGGGGUCUUGAGCUGGUCGGCGGCGACAAGCUCCCCGAGGAGGAAGUCAUCAGAUCGGUCCUAGGAGCUGACGACGGGCCGCGGCCGCCGAGGGACAGCCGGCCGAUGCACGAGUGGGGGCCCGACGAUGUGGAUGACACUCCGGAGGGCACAGAGUUUGUGCUCGCCCAGGUGGUGUCUCUGGAGUCGUUGAACAAGAAGCGGACGGCUUUGGAGCUGCUGUCGCGGCCGCCGCCCAAAUUUGUGCACGACGUUGCGCUGUUGAUUCAGCAGCAGACGGGCUUCUUGCAGGCAAUGUCCCAAGAAUGGCCUGAGCAGUCCAGAGACGCCCGCAUCGAGCUCUUGCAAUACAUUGCGGAUUCUGCAUCUGCGGCGGUCGGAGUGAAGCGCAUUGAUUUUGACCCAGCCGACGUCUUGAAAGGCAAGGAGGUGCCCAAGACCCUGCGGCUGCUGCAGCUGUUGGCCGUGGCGGCGGCCAAGUUCCUGAAUCGGGGCCGGCUGCAGCGCAAGCCCAGCAAGACUCGGCUCAGUGCGAUGACGCCCUUCCUGGACGCCGUGUCGCGGUGCCUGCGGGCGGUCAUGGACAGCGCCCGGGAGAACGGAGCGUCGCCCAAGGAGGACGGCGAUGCGUCCUUCCGCGCGCUGCAGGACCGACUGGAGGCGGAGCAGCAGCUGAGGAAGAAGAACGAAGAGCGGCUGCUGGAGGUGCACAAAGAGUCCGAGAGCUUCCGCCAGGCUCUGGCGGAAAGGAACCAGCAGCUGGACCAAGCCACCCAGGCUGCUGUGGCCACAUCGCAGAAGAAGGCCCGCCUGCAGAAGGACGUGACCACCUUCCGCCAGAACCUUUUGGCAAAGGCGCUGAGCAUGGGCAAUCCCAAAGUGGAGAGCCUCAAGACAGAGAUCGAGAACCACAGCAGGCUUGCCGACUCUCACCAAGAAGAGAAAGCAUCCUUGCAGAAGAACCUGCAGGAAAUGGUUCAGGAGCAGAUCGAAGCGGACACUCAGAGAGAGACGCUGGAGAUGGAGGUGCAGCGAAUGCAAGUGACCGUGGCUUCCAGCGAAGAGCUGCUAGGGGUGCAAACGGAGCACCAGAAGCUGAGCAUGAAGAUAGCGUCUUUGCAGGAGAAGAUGCGGCAGAUCUCCGAGGAGGAGGAUGCCGAGCGGGAGCAAGAAGCUCAGCUGCUGGAGGACAAGAAGCAGAUGCUCGCAAAAAGCGAAGAUUUGCAAAUGCAGCUGCAGGUGAUCAUCGAGGAGCGGGAUGGCCUCCGCGAAGGAAUGGACUUGGACUGGCAAGAGAAGACCCGGCUGGAGGAGGAGCUGGAGAACGUCUCUGAGGGCUACGUCCAUUUGUCAGAGAGGCUGAAUGAGAAGGAGGAAGAGGGCCAGGAAUUGCAGGAGCAGCUGCAGCAAUGCGACAAUUUGCUGGAAAUGCUCCAGGCGAAAGCUGGGCGCGACCAACUCGCAGCACCGGCACCGCCGCCCAAGCCUCCGGAUGAUCCACCGGAUGCGGCGUCCUCUCACUACUCGGACGAGGACUUCGAAGAACCCGACGAGGAUUGAGGGCUUCCAUGGGCUUCCUAAAUCGCCUAAAUCAUGCGCCAGCUCUCAACGGCAGGGUUUCACACGUUUGAGCAGGCUGAGCCGACAGCUCGCCAUAGCUCCUGAUUGGCGGGGUGAGACAGGAGUGCCUCACAAUUCGCGGCUCAACGGGCAGCUUUCACCAUGUUGAAUUCGACCACGGCUCACUCUUAUACAUAAUUGUCUCACUCUUAGUCUUAGUUGAUCAAUGGUUGGGCAUGUUAGAUUGGAGGGUACGCUAAGCCACUGAUAGAAG